AUGGUUUUCAUCAAUGUUUGCAUCCAGAAAGUUUUGGGUUCCAGCCUUUUUCCGUAUUUUCCGAUGAGUUCGUUGAUAAAGACAACUUCUUUGUCUGAAUCACAGAAUAGCUUCUUUAAAAGGUACUCAAAGUCUCGGGCUAACCUUAUGCUAUUUUAUAUGAACUAUAACCAUGCUUUGGAGACUCAAAGAAGUAAGAGCGCAAAGUUUGAUUACUAUGAUUCAACAAAAGUGCCUAUUUUGCGAACAAAAUUGGAAAUCGAGAAACAUGCAUCAACGAUAUAUAGUGGUAGUGCUUAUAAUGCAAUUCAGGAAGAGAUAGUUUAUGCUUGUUUCUCUUUGUCUUGUGCAACUCUAGGAGUGUCUACCAAUAGAGAGAUUGAAGUAUAUAAUGUAAAUGACAAGGAUUCAAACUCAUGGACAGUGACUUACUCUAUUGGUGAUGACACCUAUCUGUGUGGAUGCAAAAAGUUUGAGAGACUAGGUCUAUUGAGCAGUCAUAUAUUUUGUGUGUUGAAAUACAAGUUUGUUAAGUUGAUACCCAAGAAGUUGCGUGGAGGGAGAUGGUUGAAGUCACAGUUUGUGAAGCUAAUACAUGGAGGUUUUUGUGAUGAUCAAGAAAUACACCUUGUUGUGGACAAGAAGAAGAUUGUAUUUAAAAACUUGUAUGCAUUAUUCAUUGAAACAACACAAAGUAUUGAAGGGAACAUUGAUCAAAUCAAUGCAUUUGCUGUAAUUAUUGAAGAAGGUAAGAAGCAGCUUCUCAGAGAAGGUGUUGUUCUAUCUUCGACAGAGAAGAGAGCAUUGAUUGAGAACUUCUAUGGCUCACAAGUUUCGAACUUUAUUGAAGUUCAUCCUCCUGAUGUUGUUUGUACAAAGGGAAGUGGAAGUUUGAAGAAAUUGAAGAAGGAGUCAGCAAUGAAGUUAGCAAUGAAACCAGGUCGAAAGUGUGGAAACUGUCAUGAGAUUGGACACCAUGAUUCUAGGAACUGCAAAAAGGUUAAUGAUAAGGCAAAUCAGAGGCAGUGA